AUGGGCCGUCUUCGUGUCACACCGAAGGGCAAAGUGAAGAAGAACAUCCCCGUCACUCGGGUGGGGAAAAAGCAGUACCUCAAACGGCGCUUUGCCCACGUUCGUCGGGUUGACGUGGCUGGUGCGAACAAUCACUUCACACAAAAGUACUUUGACGGCUCCAACACAGCCGCGCAGAACUUCACACGGCUUGGUCUCACGACGGAUCCGAGUGCACCUAAGUCCGUCGUGGAGCUGCGCAAGAAGCAAGUGCGGCCAAAGUCACGCCGUCGACUGGAGGAAGAGGACACGAUAGCGGAGCAGAAGGCGUUGCGGCAAAAGUCCCGCAUUGCUAGGCCCAUAAGCGAGGCAGAAGCCACCACAAUAGUGAGUCUUAUUAAGAAACACGGCACGGACUUUAGGGCAAUGUCAUUUGACCGUAAACUCAACCCGUUUCAACUAAACCCGCGUCAGCUGCAGCGGCAGGUUGUGAAUUACCUCCGCUGGGAGCAGGCCGCCUUUCCAGAGGCGUUUAUGGAGGCGGAGGCCAAAGGCUGGUUCUCAAUCGCCGAGUACAGUGAUCCGAAGAACAGGUUAGGAAAGAAGUGA